CUUGUGGAUCAGAGUUAGAAGGUUGAUUUGGGAGCCUGUCCAUGCAAGAUGUGCCUUAGCAAUCUGUUCCUGGUGUCUCUAGCAACCUGUGUGGUUUGUGGAAAUCCCUCUUCACCACCUGUGGUAGACACUGCUCAUGGUAAAGUCCUGGGAAAACACAUGAACGUAGAAGGAUUUUCACAGCCUGUGGCAGUCUUCCUGGGAAUCCCCUUUGCCAAGCCUCCUCUUGGAUCCCUGAGGUUUGCUCCACCGCAGCCUGCAGAGCCCUGGAGCUUCGUGAAGAAUGCCACCACCUACCCGCCUAUGUGCUCCCAAGAUGCAGCUAGAGGACAGGUGGUGAAUGACCUCAUAACCAAUAGAAAGGAGAAAAUCCAUCUUGAAUUUUCUGAAGAUUGCCUGUACCUAAAUAUUUACACUCCUGCGGACUUUUCAAAGAACAGUAGGCUACCGGUGAUGGUGUGGAUCCAUGGAGGUGGACUGAAGCUGGGUGGGGCAUCAAGCUUUGAUGGACGGGCCCUCUCUGCAUACGAAAAUGUGGUGGUGGUGGCCAUUCAAUAUCGUCUGAGUAUCUGGGGAUUCUUCAGUACAGGGGAUGAACACAGUCAGGGAAACUGGGGUCAUUUGGACCAAGUGGCUGCUCUGCACUGGGUCCAGGACAACAUUGCCAACUUUGGUGGGGACCCAGGCUCUGUGACCAUCUUUGGAGAGUCAGCAGGAGGUUACAGUGUCUCAAUUCUUAUAUUGUCCCCAUUGUCCAAGAACCUCUUCCAAAGGGCCAUUUCUGAGAGUGGUGUGGCCUUCAUUCCUGGAAUGUUUACCAAGGAUGUGAGGCCAAUCACUGAGCAAAUUGCUGUUACUGCUGGCUGUAAGACCACCACGUCUGCCGUCAUUGUUCACUGCAUGCGCCAGAAGACGGAGGAGGAGCUCUUAGAGAUCAUGCAUAAAUUGAAUCUGUAUAAACUGAGUUUACAAGGAGAUACCAAAAAUAGCCACCAGUUUGUGACAAGUGUGUUUGAUGGAGUGGUGCUACCAAAGGACCCCAAAGAGAUCCUGUCUGAGAAGAACUUCAACACUGUGCCUUACAUUGUGGGAAUCAACAAGCAAGAAUGUGGCUGGCUUCUGCCAACAAUGAUGGGAUUUCUACCAGCUGAUGUAAAAUUGGACAAGAAGAAAGCCAUUGCACUCCUGGAGCAACUUGCUUCCAUGACUGCCAUACCAGAGGAUAUUAUUCCAGUUGCUGUUGAGAAGUACACAAAAGGUAGUGAUGACCCUGAUCAGAUCAGAGAGGGAGUUCUCGACGCAAUUGGGGAUGUGGCAUUUGGUGUUCCAUCGGUGAUUGUGUCCCGUGGUCACAGAGAUACUGGAGCUCCCACCUACAUGUAUGAGUAUCAAUACUACCCAAGUUUCUCAUCACCCCAAAGACCCAAGAAUGUAGUAGGAGACCAUGCAGAUGAUGUCUACUCUGUCUUCGGUGCUCCAAUUUUAAGAGAGGGUGCCUCCGAAGAGGAGAUCAAUCUCAGCAAGAUGGUGAUGAAAUUCUGGGCCAACUUUGCUCGGAAUGGGAACCCUAAUGGCAAAGGGCUGCCUCAUUGGCCAACGUAUGACCAGAAAGAAGGAUAUCUUCAGAUUGGUGGCACCACCCAGCAAGCCCAGAGACUGAAGGCAGAGGAAGUGGCUUUCUGGACACGGUCCCCGGCCAAGAAACAACCCCAGCCAUACCACAAUGAGCUGUGAAUGCAAAGCUCUGCCAGGCUUAUACCAGAGAAGCCAAGAUAUGGUUCUUCCACUAACGGUGUAUGCAAAUCCAAGAUGGAUCUUGGAGGACCCUGAAGAACUUUGUCAUAGAUACAGGCAGAGCCCGGGGAAGGGAAAUGUUGUAUUUAUAGCUUUAAUGUAGAGAAUAAAUGUUCUUUAUAUGGUCAAAUAA